AUGAAUUUCUCAGACCAAACCAGAAAUGCGGUGGUAAUUCGAUUACCAGAUUUUGACAAGAUGACAAGAGAGCUCGAUAGGUUGCAUCGCUGGGCAGAGGAGAUGCUUGCAACGUUCGAGACCAGGAUUGAAGUAGGAACCCUGGAUCUAGAUCACUAUGUACAAGUUAAAGAAAGUUGCGACUGGUACAAAAGCAAAGCCUACGAACUAGUUACCGCGGCCACCAAAUUCUGGGAAUUGGACGACCAAAACCCACUUUCGGACGAGCAAUUGAACGAAAGAAUAGCGAAGCUAAACGUCGACUUCGAAAACCACAAGCGACAGUAUGCCGACUUCAUUGUCGAAUUGGACCUCUUUGGUAGUGAGGAUCCACCACAUAUCUUGGGAAUAGAAGCACCACGGGUGCAAAGUCAUUGGAAUAGAUAUACUUGGCAAUAG